AUGUUGUGCACGGCAUUAGGAAUUGUGCUCGGUGUGUUGGUCUCACUGUAUGCCUUGUUUGAGCUGCACUACUUUCUGCGGAUGUGCCUUUGCGUGGUGUCGGCGCGCUAUCUUAAGAAGCGAAUGCACAUACUGGACACGGGCACCGUUGUAGGACUAUGUCUAACGAAUGACAUCGACACACUGCUGUACCACAUGAACAAUGCGCGCUAUCUGCGUGAGAUAGACUUUGCGCGGGUGGAUUUCUACGAGCGGACAGCUCUGUACCGGACGAUCCGUAGUAAAGGUGGGUCCGUUGUCCAGGGUGCCACCACGAUACGCUAUCGGCGCUUUAUUCGUCCCUUUACCCGUUUCACAAUCAGCUCGAGGAUCGUGUACUGGGAUAAUCAAUCCAUCUUCAUGGAGCAUCGGUUUCUCGGUGGAACAGAUGGGUUUAUCCACUGUAUCGCACUCUGCCGUCAGCGGGUCAUGCAAUGCUCGGUGGAGGACGUGAUGGCCACGCUGCUGAAGAGUGGGCUGGUUGUGCAGUGCACACCGAAGAAGCUGCCCGCCACCACCAGCUCGACCGAGUGCCUGGAGAAGGUGGAAACCGGCACGGGCAUGGAUUCGGCCACCCUCGCCAAGCCCGAUCUGCCGCCCGAGGUGGCCAAAUGGCUCGAGUGGAACGAUAUCUCGAGCGCCAGCCUGCGUAGUGAAUGUGGCGGAUAAUGUUCUCGACCUUGAUGGUUCUGAAUGUCGACAAAAAAAAAAACAUUCCAACGCACUUCACCCGAGUGCCGUCUGUUAAUGUGUCCGCUUUCGUGUUGUGCACAGCAAAGUCCUUAUUUCUUUUCCUACUUGCCCAGUGCAAAGAGCGUGUACGAUGUUACAAGUACAGGGCCAUGAGCUUGCAUUCCAACACCGCACUAGGUGCGCACUAGAACCUUCCCGAACUCGCUAACUAACUCUCUAUCUCUAUCGUUGUUGAUCCUUCUUCUGGUAGUUAACAAAUGGAAAAUAAAAUUUUCAACCGUACCGUCUGAAUGCGGCCAUCUUACACUCCUACCGCAAUCCUUCAAUGUUACG